AUGUUCGGUAUGCCAGGUUUAAAUGGAGGAAUUCCAAGUGCGCCACAAGCACCAAAAUCCAAAUUUCAAGAAUUUAAGGAAUCUCCAGCUUUUACCAUUGUAUUAAAUGGUUCAUUAUUUAUUGCCGGUGUUGCAUUUAUUCAAUCUCCAUUGAUGGAUAUGCUAGCUCCACAAUUAUAA